CUCCGAAUGAGAAAAGACGGCCGUUUCUCACAGUGCGCGAGAUCAACUUAUUUACCGAUGUUGACGAGCGGCAAUUGUUACGACGAGAAAUGGCAUUGAGGGGCUGUCGAUUUACGCGGAAUCUCUCGGGGUUUCGGUGAUCCCGUACGCGUGCGUCUCGCACCGAACACAAAAUGCGAUACGGCACAAUCUGCACGGGUACGGCUGCGGUACGAUUCGAUAACGUGUCACGUCGAGAUUACGAGGACCAUUCGUAAAAUCUACAAAGUAUGAGCCGAAAAUACUUGCCACUGUGUGACGCGAAGUCGACAGAAUAUUAUCAAACGCGAUAAGACGCGUAUAUGUCCCGCUUUUUGUGCUACAUGAUCAAAAAGCGAAGGGAGCAUUUAUGAUUAAAUACAGUCUACCAGCUGAAAAAGGCAAGUUUUAAUGAAGAAGACUUAAACCGAGAAAUAACGUUGCGUUUAACUUGCAUUUAGUCAUAAAAUUGUAAUGUUGAAGUUAUGUAUGCAGAUAAGCAGAUAAAAGACGCUUAUAAUAUUAUCAUUAUAACACAUGGUAAAAGGAUAUGACUUAUCAUGAUAUUAUCUUUUUGCCUGGUCAGAUGCAAGAUUUGAUAGUACGAUUGAUGUAUCACUGUUCUGUAAAUGUAACCUAAACCAUAGGCAAUAACUUGCUAAAGGAAUUCUAAUAAACCAGUGGGAAUGGGCAAUUGUUUGUGUAAAGAUACUCCAGGGAUAUAUGACAUUGAGACAUAUGGCAGAAACAAUCAUGCAGAAACUCAGAAUACCAUAAUACCGGAACCAAACAUAAGUAUAGUUUCGGCAUACCCUUGCUUUAAAUUUCCUACAUCGUCACACAUUGACAAACUUGUAUUGGAAACUCUCGGAAGUCUUGAUACUCUGGUAGAUAAUGAUCAUGAACCACCACCAGCAAUGUUAAAAUUAAAUGCUAUUGCGGACAAGGAAGAUGGUUGGAUACAAGUAGUUGGUUCUAUGGUCAAUGUUAUUCCAAUGAACAAUCCAUUGGGUCCUUCGGUUAUAAUAUUAUUACUAGAUGAUUGCCCUUUACCUUCAAAGGAUUCUGUGUUACGAUUAUCAGACAUGUUUCAAGUGCCUCAAAAACUUGAAAACAUGCUAAUUACAACUACACAGCAACGUAAUAUAUGCGUAGUACUUGGUUGUAUUGCAGAGAAACUUGCUGGUCCUAGUAGUAUUGCGAUAUUAUCUGAUGCUACUUUAGAUUACCUAGUUUCAAAUCUACGAAAAGAUGUUGAGCCUUAUGUAAUGUUAUAUUCUUUGAUAGCACUAGAGAAGUUUGCACAGACAAGUGAAAAUAAAGUGACAAUUAAGAAACGUCUUAUGGCAGAAAAACAAAAUCCAUUAUUAGAAUUGGAAAAAUGGGUUACAGAAACGCAUUACGUUCGUCGACAAGUUGGUUUUUGUGCACAGUGGUGUUUAGAUAACUUAUUCUUAAUGGAAGGUAGAAAAUAUUCCCACGACUCCGUCGAUGUGACUGGUAUUAAUGUAAUGUUAAAUACGAAAGAUGUAAGCGAGUACCUGAAAAUAUCACCUAAUGGUUUGGAGGCACGAUGUGAUGCAUAUUCCUUUGAAAGUGUACGAUGUACAUUUCAAGUAGAUUCAGGAAUAUGGUAUUAUGAAACAUUGAUAAUAACUACAGGAGUUAUGCAAAUUGGAUGGGCCACAAAAGAUAGCACGUUUUUAAAUCAUGAGGGAUAUGGUAUAGGAGAUGAUGAAUUUUCUUUGGCCUACGAUGGCUGUCGCAGACUGAUUUGGUAUAAUGCACGAAGUGAAAAAUUUCACGAUAGACCAUGUUGGAAAUCUGGUGACAUCUUGGGCUGCUUAUUGGAUUUAAACAAACUAGAAAUAGUAUUCUCUAUCAAUGGUAUACCACUUAAACCAUGUAUUCAAGUAUUUAAAACAGUAAGGUCUGGAUUCUUUGCAGCAGCUAGUUUCAUGUCAUUCCAACAAUGCCUAUUUAAUUUUGGACAUGUACCUUUUAAAUACCCACCUACUGAUCGAGAAUUUCAGAAAUUUAACGAUUAUGCUACAUUGAAACCAGAAGAUAAGAUUGUACUUCCUAGACACAUAUAUCUGGAUCAAUUGCGAAGGCUCAGUGUUAGAGAAGAUUCCUGUACAUUAUGUUUCGAUCAGAGGGCAUCUGUGAGGUUAUUGCCAUGCAAUCAUAGAGGAUUCUGCCAAAAGUGUUCAAAACAACUGAUUGAAUGCCCAAUGUGUAGAGCUACUAUCGAAGAAGUAGCCUCAGAUAACAUAUGACAUCGAUCAUUUCAUAUCAAUGUUUACGAAUUCUUUCAUCAUUUCUUUUUCGUCGUACAAUUUUUAUGUAUGAAAUAUCACGAGAUAAUCAUAAUUAUUGAUAGUUAUUUACGCCGUAUAUAUACAAUUAUUACGUGUCACAUAGUAUUUUUCUCUAUGCAAUACAGAGCAUUAAUAAAUAGAAAGAAUUACAAAUUAGUUAUAGAUAAA